CAGUUCUUACCUGGACAAGAUCUUACUUCAAAACCACCAAGGAUUUAAGAAUGUAAAUCACAGCUUCACAUAACCAAAGAUACCUACCUUACCCAAAGGUAGGCCUACAGAUAGCCAGUUGUCUAAUUAGAAUUGCAUUCUGCAUGCUUCACCUUUAAAUCAACUCCUACAGGACUAUGCUCUAAUUCAGUCUAAAUUGAAUUAGGAAUAUAGAAUAUAGGCUAAACUAUUGAAUUUGGUCUGUUUAUAGUCAAGAGCUGAGCUCCCUCCCUAGUCGUAUGCUUGUCAGUUGUAUUAUUUCAACCUAAGCACUAACGACUUAACGACUUUAUCGAUCUGAGGGCUUCAUUAUUUUCCAAGCGAGCAUGUUAAAUAGGAUAGUUGCGUGCGCAUAGUGUGUGUGUGCCAGGCUUCCGGCUUGUGUGUGGGUGAGAGUUGCUUUUCGAAACACUGGUGCCAUCGGUCCCGACCCGUGCUGGAGAAAAAAUAUGAAAUUGUGCCUUCAACUUGCCACACCUGCCCUGACCUGAUUUUUUAAAAUGUUUUAUCUCAGAUGCAGUAUUUUGUCUCUAUAGCUAAAUAUUAACUCUAACUUAUGCUGCUCACGAAUUCUCCCGAUGUCUGACGAAGGAAGCGACAGCGCCGAGCUAGCAGAGCUCCGGUGCUCUCCCUCCCCAUCUCCACCCGGGCCCCCCGGAACCCCUUCUCCUCCACUGUCGCCAGACCUCUCCUCCAGUCCCCCGGUGCUUCGAGACCCAGCCCCGUUACCCCAGGACUGCCUCCGCCCGUCGCCAGAGCGCUGCAAACCCGGGGACUCCCCGCGCGGUACCCUGCCAAAGUUAACCCAGCGCCUGACGAAGACGGGCUCUCAGUUCCGCCAGAGACAGAAUGCGCGCUUAACAACUGCGGCGGACAACGGGCGCGAUGCCCCCUCUCCAAAGCGCAGAGGAGACGGAGACACCUCCUCGGCAACGUUUCAGGACCUCGGACAGCAACUCCCCCGCGGACAGGACCAAGUGUAUUACCGCUGCACUAAUCAGCUCCUAGAACCCCAGCGAGACAGCAGUGAGACCCAGCCACCAGUGGAAGCAAUGCACCGGAGACACACCACGCUGAGGGAGAAGGGGCGUCGCCAGGCUGUGCGAGGCCCAGCCUACAUGUUUAACGAGCGCGGCUCGGCCCUGACGCCCGAGGAAGAGGGUUUCCUUGACGCUGCCGAGUACGGCAACAUCCCCGUGGUCCGCAAGAUGCUGGAGGAGUCCAAAACCCUCAACUUCAACUGUGUGGACUACAUGGGCCAGAAUGCAUUGCAGCUGGCGGUGGGCAAUGAACACCUGGAAGUGACUGAGCUGUUGCUAAAGAUGGACGGGCUAGCCAGAGUGGGCGACGGGCUCUUAUUGGCUAUCUCUAAAGGGUAUGUGCGUAUCGUGGAAGCCAUAUUGGCGAACCCGGCGUUCAGCCAAGGGCUGCGGCUCACCCAGAGUCCCCUCGAACAGGAGCUACGGGAUGACGAUUUUUACGCUUACGAUGAAGACGGGACACGCUUUUCCCACGACGUCACCCCAGUCAUCCUAGCAGCACACUGUCAGGAGUAUGAGAUUGUGCAUAUCCUGCUCACCAAGGGGGCCCGCAUCGAGAGGCCUCAUGACUACUUCUGUAAGUGCAAUGAGUGUGUAGAGAAGCAGAAGAGAGACUCAUUCAGCCACUCCCGCUCCAGGAUGAAUGCUUAUAAAGGGCUGGCCAGUGCUGCCUACCUGUCCCUGAGCAGUGAAGACCCUGUCCUCACCGCCCUGGAGCUCAGCAAUGAACUGGCCAGACUGGCUAACAUAGAGACUGAGUUUAAGAAUGACUACAGGAAGUUGUCCAUGCAGUGUAAGGACUUUGUAGUGGGGGUGUUGGACCAGUGCAGAGACACAGAGGAGGUGGAGGCCAUCUUGAACGGAGACGUGGACAAUGCCCCGCCCAGUGACAACAACCGGCCCUGCCUCGAACGCGUCAAACUGGCAAUCAAAUACGAGGUCAAGAAGUUUGUGGCGCACCCUAACUGCCAGCAGCAGCUGCUGACUAUCUGGUAUGAGAACCUGUCAGGUCUGAGGCAGCAGUCCAUCGGGGUCAAGUGUUGGACCGUGCUAGGGGUCACCGUGGGACUGCCCUUCCUGGCUAUUGCCUACUGGAUCAUGCCCUGCAGCAAGCUGGGUCAGAUCCUGAGAAGUCCCUUCAUGAAGUUUGUGGCCCACGCCGUGUCCUUCAGCCUCUUCCUGGGCCUGCUGGUCAUCAACGCCUCGGACCGUUUCGAGGGGGUCAAGAACCUGCCCAACGAGACCAUCACUGACCAUCCUCGCCAGGUGUUCCGGGUCAAGACCACUCAGUUCUCUUGGACCGAGAUGCUCAUCAUGAAAUGCGUGCUGGGUAUGAUCUGGUCGGAGGUCAAGGAGAUCUGGGUGGACGGUCCUAGAGAGUAUGUGAUGCACCUGUGGAAUGUGUUAGACUUCGGCAUGUUGUCUAUCUUCGUGGCUUCGUUCACCGCUCGGUUCAUGGCCUUCCUCAAGGCCUCCAAGGCCCAGCUGUACGUAGACCAGUUUGUCACCGACGAAGAUAUCCGCAACGCGUCGCUACCUACAGAGGUAGCCUACUACACCUAUGCCAGGAAUAAGUGGCGUCCAUCGGACCCCCAGAUCAUCUCAGAAGGUCUGUAUGCCAUCGCUGUGGUGCUGAGUUUCUCCCGCAUCGCCUACAUCCUGCCAGCCAACGAGAGCUUCGGCCCCCUCCAGAUCUCCCUGGGCCGGACGGUGAAGGACAUCUUCAAGUUCAUGGUCAUCUUCAUUAUGGUGUUUGUGGCCUUCAUGAUCGGCAUGUUCAACCUCUACUCUUAUUACCUAGGAGCCAAGUACAACCCGGCCUUCACCACGUGA